UCGGAGUUUGGUGUCUCGUCCACAUCGCCAGGCCGUCCGUCCGUCCUCAUCUCUUCAUCGUUCUUGUUAAAAAAAAAAAAAAGAACCGCCAACAUGGAGGCCAUUAAGAAGAAGAUGCUCAUGCUGAAGUUGGACAAGGAGAACGCUCUGGACCAGGCGGAGCAGGCGGAGGCGGACAAGAAAGCGGCGGAGGAUAGAAGCAAACAGCAUGAGGACGAGCUCCUGCAGAUGCAAAAGAAGCUGAAGGGGACGGAGGACGAGCUGGACAAAUACUCUGAGGCACUGAAGGAUGCUCAGGAGAAGCUGGAGGUGGCCGACAAGAAGGCCGCUGAUGCGGAGGCGGAGGUGGCCUCCCUGAACAGGCGCAUCCAGCUAGUGGAGGAAGAGUUGGAUCGAGCUCAGGAGCGGCUGGCAACCGCUCUACAGAAGCUGGAGGAGGCCGAGAAGGCGGCUGAUGAAAGCGAGAGAGGCAUGAAGGUUAUCGAGAACAGGGCUCUCAAAGACGAGGAGAAGAUGGAGCUCCAGGAGAUCCAGCUGAAGGAGGCCAAGCACAUUGCGGAGGACUCCGACCGCAAAUACGAAGAGGUGGCUCGUAAGCUGGUGAUCGUGGAGGGGGAGCUGGAGCGUACAGAAGAGAGGGCCGAGCUGGCUGAAGCAAAAUGUGCCGAGCUUGAGGAGGAACUAAAGAACGUCACCAAUAAUCUGAAGUCCCUUGAGGCGCAGGCUGAGAAGUACUCUCAGAAGGAGGACAAAUACGAGGAAGAGAUCAAGAUUCUGACAGACAAGCUGAAAGAGGCUGAGACCAGAGCGGAGUUUGCUGAGAGGUCUGUGGCCAAGCUGGAGAAGACUAUUGAUGACCUGGAAGAUGAGCUUUAUGCACAGAAACUCAAAUACAAAGCCAUCAGUGAGGAACUGGACCACGCGCUCAAUGACAUGACCUCCAUUUAAACACCUCUGGAAGCCCUGUCCACUCCCUCUUGGCUCAAAUCUGACCCCUUACUCUCUCCUCUUCCUCCAUUCCUCAACAACUGUCAGAUUUAUGUUGUUUACAGCACUUUCACACCUUUUCACAGCCCAUCUAUUCACAACGAGCAGCAGCAAAUUACCUUCGAUGUGAAAAAUCAACCCUUUAUUUGUCCUACUUUGUGUUCUUUUAAAAACGUUUAAACAGCGGAAGAAAGGCUCAUGGUAAACUGUCUGUGUUUGUUUUUGCUGCAUGUUUCAUUAAGGGACAUUUGUCAUUAAGGGAAGCGUUUGCGUUUACAUGAGGCUACCAAAAAAUACAACCAAAAAAAAUACACAAUGAUUUAAAAAAAAAUACAUUUUUUAAAAAUAUAUAUAUUUCAGACUAACAAAAAUAAACUGACAAGUGCGUUUUAUGCUUUUUUUUCCAGUUGCAUCACAAGAAAAGAGAAUUAGGUCAUAAACAGGAGGAUUGCAGCUUAUUUUAACAAACAUGCACAUUUCUAUAUAUACUAUAUACUGUAUAUAUUUUUUUACACAAUUUUUAGGUUUAGACGGCAAAAUGCAUCAUUAAACACAAGAAAAAUGAUAGUGUCGGAUCAUCCUUAAAAGCCAAAAAGGAUGUUUUUACAAUAUGAAUGAAUAAA